GCUGCGGGAGGCGGGGCCUGCGUGGAAAGUAGCCAAAUUGGGCAUCCUCGGGAGAACACCGAGGGGAACGCGGAGAGCAAAACGAAGCUGGAUAACCGGGGGCCGAAGAUGUGGCAAACGUCAGUUCUGCUGUUUCUGUUGCUGCUGAGGUGCGGGGCCCAGGGCAAGCCGUCCCCAGACGCCGGCCCUCAUGGCCAGGCUAGGGUGCACCAGGCGGCCCCCCUGAGCGAGGCUCCUCACGACGACGCCCACGGGAACUUCCAGUACGACCACGAGGCUUUCCUGGGACGCGAAGUGGCCAAGGAAUUCGACCAGCUCAGCCCAGAGGAAAGCCAGGCCCGCCUGGGGUGAGGAGUUUCACGACGUGGAGGACGCUGAGACCUACAAGAAGAUGCUGGCUCGGGACGAGCGUCGUUUCCGGGUGGCAGACCAGGAUGGGGACUCGAUGGCCACUCGGGAGGAGCUGACGGCCUUCCUGCACCCCGAGGAGUUCCCUCACAUGCGGGACAUCGUGAUUGCGGAAACCCUGGAGGACCUGGACAAGAACGGAGACGGCUACGUGCAGGUGGAGGAAUACAUCGCCGACCUGUACUCGGAGGAGCCUGGGGCGGAGGAGCCGGCCUGGGUGCAGACGGAGCGGCAGCAGUUCCGGGACUUCCGGGACCUGAACAAGGACGGGCGGCUGGACGGGAGCGAGGUCGGCCACUGGGUGCUGCCGCCCUCCCAGGACCAGCCGCUGGUGGAGGCCAACCACCUGCUGCAGGAGAGCGACACAGACAAGGAUGGACGUCUGAGCAAAGCCGAGAUCCUGGGCAACUGGAACAUGUUCGUGGGCAGCCAGGCCACCAACUACGGCGAGGACCUGACCCGGCACCACGACGAGCUCUGAGCGGCCCGACAGCCUCGUGGCCCAGGGGAUGACCUGAGGGGCCGGCAGCAGGCCCCUUCUCUGUGCUGGUCCUGCGGGAGGUGCACAGAGCCCCCACCCUUCUGCCUGGGGCUCUCAGGGGCCCCAAAUUCACGUCUCUCCAGAGACAGCCCCAGGCCCCGAACCUGACCCUGGGGCUCUCACAGACAGCAGAGAGUGAGUGACAGGUUUCUCAACGGCAGAGCCUCCCAGCACAGGCCCAGGUUCAGUCCCAGGAUCCUCCCCCUGGCUCAGCCUCGGGGAACCUCCACUCCUGCCCCAACACCCAGCCUGAGCCUCAAUCCACAGUCCACGCAGACUGAGACCUCUCCAGCCCGCCCUGUCCCGAGGACACCUCCCCUCUGCCAGGAGGGCAAUAAAACCCAGCGGGGGCCUGUCGGUGUG